AUAUUCUAUCAACAUUUGCGGUUGACAAGAGUUAAAGGCUUGCUUUCGACAAGGGCUACACUGCAAAAAAAAAAGUACUUAAUUGGCGGUAAAGCGCUUUGGGACAUCCUGAGGUGGCGCUCUAUUAAUGCAAGUCUUUUCUUUUUAGAUUUUGAAAUAAAUAGUCGACGGUCAAUUGCAAAUUACAAACGUACAUUUUUGGCGAAUGUUCAAUGGAAUGAAUUACCGAGGAAGGUGAACUACAUCUCCCAGAAGGCUGAGGCGGGUCCGUGCAGAGCUCUGCUGGCGGGGAGAGUCCGCUUGUGGAGUGCAACAAGAUUAUUACAACCGAGAGACAGAGCUGGGAAGCCGAGCACACAGAGCGAUACAACCCCUCAGUCUUCUUCCAUUAGGUGACAAAAAAGCUAUGAAGUGGUUCAUUGAAAGUGGUGGCCGAAGCUGAUUGAGCAGCCGCUAACCUAGUCCAAGCUGCAAACCUUUAAAGGGCUCACUUAAACACCAUGGCGCACAGUGUGGACUUUCACCUAGAUAUCAAUGAUGUGAUCCCAGAGAUUAGUGACUAUGGCCCUGCUUCUCCUGAUUCCUGCUUUGAAGAAGAUUUGGUGCACCAUUCUUUUGCCCGUCUUAUCUCUGAACAGAGUGCCCUAGAAUCUGAAGCAUCAGUGAUGAUUGAGUUGGAUCAGCUGGGUGCAGGAAUAGGAAAUGAAGGUUACAUUAGAUCACCCCCUCGUGCACAAUGUAAGCUCAAUGAUGACUGCUAUGAUCCUGCUACCUUGAAAGUGCUGUCCUUCAUGCCCAGCAGAACUAUAGGUCGUUCCAGAGGUGCUGUUAUUUCUGAGUACUACAAUCGCACAUUAAGAUUACGGCGAAAAAAUGCUCGGCCUUCUCUGACAGAUAUGUCUCGAUCUAUGAGGCCCAGCAUACGGGAUGUAGCUGCAUUAGAUGAGAAUUGUGAAGAAGAAAUAGAAAAGCAAAAACUGUUGGCUGAGUUACAGCAAUUAACAGGGAAUGAAUGCACUAGGAUGUUGCGGACUAUGCCACUGAACCUCUCUAUGAAGCGGGAACUCAGGCGUAUGACAUCAAACUGUAGAGAUUGCAGUAGUGACCUGCUUGAAAAGAAUCAUCUGUCUUGUUGGAGUCACACAAAGUACAAUAUGAUGAUUGCUGCCAGGCAAUGUUGGUAUGGAUUUCUUUCCUUUCUGCAUUCGCUUCACCUGUGGCAGAUUGCCCAGAAACAAAUUGGUGGUCGCUUUGGAACGGGUGUGCUUUCGUACUUCAUUUUCCUCAAGAUGCUGCUGCUAUUCAAUGUUUUCCACCUUGUCAUGAACCUACUCUUCAUUGUUAUUCCCCAAGCCACUCAUCCUCCUGUCAGCAUGAGAGUAAACUUCAGCGGGCUGGAGCUCCUGACCGGCAUUGGUUAUUUCACAGACACAGUUCUAUACUAUGGAUAUUAUAGAAACAGCUCUUGGAAUAUUUUGGACAGUGGAGUAUCCAACAUCAGUGCUGUUACAAACAGCAGUUGGAAUAUUUUGGACAGUAAAGGAUCCAAUACUGAUGCCCUUAAAGUAUGGUACAAUAUGCCGAUAGCAUAUAUCUACACGCUUGGAACUUCUUUCUUCGUCACCUGCAUCAUCCUGGUCCAUUGCUUGUCCAGAGCUUUUGGAGAGAGUUAUAGAGUGGGCAGCAACUACGGGAAUCUGGUAGCCAAAGUGUUCUGCUCGUGGGAUUUUAAGAUGACACAGAAACAGUCAGUUGAGUCAAAUUACGAGAACAUCAGCACCCAGUUAAAGGAAUAUCUUACUGAGCAUGAUUUUCGUGCUACUCGCUCGAGCAUUUAUCAGUGGUUGGUUAAUCUGUCAGUUCAUGUUCUGGGCUGGCUGUUGUCCUUGGGGAGUGUUGUUGGAUGUGCCUUUGGAGUUUACUACUACUCACGAUACAUGCUGAAGGAUUAUUCAGAAAACAUUCAAGAGGAAACGCCCGAGAAGCAAGUGGAGUGCAGCUUGCUAAUGCUUCCCAUGCUUGUGUCAGUUAUUAAUCUUGUGAUGCCGUAUAUUUAUAACCUAAUUGGGUUACUGGAAAAAUAUGACUUCCCACAGCAACAGAUCUAUGUUUCCAUUACCAGAAACCUGCUGUUGAAGAUGUCCAUUUUGGGAGUGCUAUGUUUCCACUGGAUGGGAGGAAAUGUAAAAGUUUUAGCAGAAAUAUCAUGCUGGGAGACUUUUGUAGGGCAAGAACUGUACCGUUUGAUGGUGAUAGACUUUAUAUUCAUUAUACUGGAUACAAUUUUUGGAGAAUAUGUCUGGAGGGUAAUUUGCAUCAAACUGCUGAAAAGGAAAAGAAAGCCUGAGUUUGACAUUGCCAGGAAUGUGUUGGAUUUGAUCUUUGGACAGACUAUCACAUGGUUGGGUCUUCUGUUUGCACCACUGCUACCUGCAAUUCAAAUAAUCAAAUUUAUCAUUGUCUUCUAUAUUAAAAAGCUCAGCUUGAUGAAGAACUGUCAGCCUCCACAUAAAUUCUGGCGGGCAUCUCAUAUGAAGACCAUCUUUAUUAGUCUUCUGUGUUUCCCAUCCUUCCUUGGAGCCUCUGUGGUUUAUUCCUACACUAUAUGGUACAUAAAGCCAUCACCAACUUGUGGUCCCUUCCAAACACUGGAUGCUAUGUAUGAUUCUGCAUCGCUCUGGGUCCAUCAACUGGAUAAAAAUGGUUCUAAAUUUUUUAAGCUUUCAUGGAUCUUCUUGAGAAAUCCUUUCAUCUUUCUCUUGGCUUCAGGCAUCUUACUUAUAGUGAUUUAUUUCCACUGGCAAGUUGUUGAUGGUCAAAGGAAAGUAAUUAAACUAUUAAAUGAACAAAUUGCCAAUGAAGGAAAUGACAAGAAGUUUCUUAUUGGUAAACUCCAAGACUUCAACAGAAAGAAAUUUAAAUUUCAAAAGAAGAGGCGCACACAAAGGGAAGAUGAGGUUUAUCCUGACAAUUACUAGAAGGGAAGAAGAUAUAAUUUGUGCUGUUGAGAAAAUCAGCAAUUAAAACAAAAACAGUGAAGCAGUUAUUAUAACUUGACUGUGAAUUAUUAGGAGAUGCCUGGAAUCGUAUCUUUUUUUGAUGUGUUAUUCGGCUGUCUGCACUUUAAGUCAGUAAAGGUACAAGCACAUUAAACAAAGCUGGAAUCACUGCUGCAACAAGUUGCAUGGUGUAAUAUUGAUCUCCUCAUAGCACUGCAUUACUGGAAUAUCUCAAACUGAUUUUACCAUUGUUGCAUUUUGCUUUCUUGGAUGUGAAUUCUGUGUUAGUUGACUCGAGUGCUUCCUUGGAUGGCAAAUAUGAGUCAGAGAGGCAACCUGCUGCAGACUCGUUGAGAAUUUCCAAUUAUGAACCUUGUUACCAAUUGCACAGUUUUUAUUAAAAAAAAAGAAACAGUGGUUGUUCAAUGGUCUUGCCUGCAGAAAUUCAGGGCUGAUUGAAUUUCCCUCCAAGUGCAUUGUUUGUGCUGGAGGGGUCUGGUGUUCUGAUGCUCCAUCUUGUGGUGGAAGUGUGCAGCAGCAGGCAUUAUUGCAACAAUGUGGUGCCCAAAUAUAAAGUGCAAAACAGGGCAUAACAAAUUAUAGGUAAACCUUAAGUUCUGACUUUCAUAUUUAUAAUACGGAUUUCAAUUCACUUAACAUUAUGCUUAAAACGGUGGCCUAAAUCAGACUUGAGCUUUUUUUAACGAAGUAACCUUCUAUGUAGCAUGGUGGGUUCAUAUAACUUAUACUAAUGUUUUGCUUAUUUUGCUGCAUUUGUAAUUACAGAUGCAAAUAUUCAGUGACUAGGAACAAAAUACUGAUGUGUUGCACUGACAGACGUUUUCAGAUUUUUAGUUUACAGUAAAUGGAGCAAAUUUGUUGCUUAUGUUUUGUCCCUUAAAAAUUCAGAACUAAGCUACUGACGACUUUAGUAUGAAUAAAGCCCUACCUUGUACUGUGUGGAGACCAGGAUAACUAAUCUGGGAAAUACCUCCACAGCAGUCUGUGAAUUUUGUUACUUGUACUGUGACAGCCAUAUGCCAGGAGGUCAGACAUUUUUUGUAUUCACAAAGUUUGAAAUGCUAACUUUUCAAACUGUUGUUGUAGCACAGAUGUGUAAUGCACAUCUUGGGAACAAACUGAUAUUUCAGCUUCUCCCUUUGUCCAGUACUGAUCUACUAACCUACUAAGUUUAGGUGAACAAUGACUCCUUGUCUGAGCUAGGGAGUGGAAACUAUGAUUUUAAGGUAUUAUGUUGUAAAUACUGCACAACAGCACAAUUCAAAAAUGGAUAGUGAUCACUAUUCUUUUUGUGUACUUUUUGAGUGUCUUCCCAUCCCACCUCUGGUGAACCCCCAAGGAUCUAUCUGUGCCCGCCUUCAAUUUCUUAUCUACGUGCUGCCCCUCAGUAAUAUCAACUGAAAACAGUCAGUUUUCACAUGUAUGCUGAUGACACCCAGUUCUACCUCACUACCACCUCUCUGAACCCCUUCACAGUCUCUACACUGUCAGUCUGCCUGUCUGACAUCUAGUACUAGAUGAGCAGUACUGUUCUGCAGCUGAAUAUUAGGAAGACAGAAUCCACUGUCUUCAGUCCCUGCCACAAACUUUGUUCCUGAACCAUUGACUCCAGCCCUCUCCCUGGCAAGUAUUUGCAGUUGAACCAGACUGUUUGUUUGUGACACUGAGUUGAUCCUCCUACCACAUCUGUGCCACCACCAAGAUUGGUUAUUUCCACCUCUGUAACAUUGCCCAAUUCCUCCCUUCCCUCAGCUUAUCUGCUUCUGGAACCCUCACCCAUUCCUUUGUUAUCUCUAGUCUUGACUAAACUCCCACUCGCCCAUUUCUCCAUGCUUAUUCACCUACACUGAUGCCCAGUUAAGCAAUACCUCAGUUUUAAAAUUAUCAUCCAUAUUUUCAAACCCCUCCAUGUCCUCACCCCUCCUAUCUCUGAAAUCUCCUCCAGCCCCAAAACCCUCAGUUACCUGCACUCAUCUAGUUUUGGCCUCUUGAGCAUCCCUGCUUUUAAUCGCUGCGCAUUUGGUGGCCAUGUAUUUAGUUGUCAAAGCUUUAAGCUCUGGAAUUGCCUUCCUAAACCUUUCUGCCUUACUAUCUCUCCUUCCUCCUUCAAGACCCAUCCUUGAACUUACCUCUUUGACCAAGCUUAUGGUCAUCUAUCAUAACAUCUCCUUAUGUGGCACCUUGUAAUGUUUUAUGUUAAAGGUACAAUAUAAAUGCAGUUGUUAUACAAUGGAUACCAAUGCAAUAUAUUCCUUAAAAAGUCAAUUGUCUAUUGAAAAAUAGGGUCUUGUAUAGAUUAAAAAUAUCACAAUUUUAAUGUUGUUGAAUGUGUUUGGUGCUUGAAGUAAGAGAUGUCCACUGCCUACCUGCAAAUGGAAAGUGACAUUUUUCUAUAAAGCCAAUUCCCACUCACUGCAGAUUCAAAGCAUUUCUUCUUAUGAAUCUUAGUAAGGAAUUAUUCUGGAUCAUGUAGUCAAUGUUCAUAGUUUUAAUAGAAUGUAGAAUUUACGGUAUUUUUACUAUGUUUAUAUUUAUAUAAAGAAUGAAAUAAAGCUCCUUUCACUGUAGCAAUUGUUAUUGAAUUAGAACAAACUGAAAUGUUUUACUAUACAAACCAAAAUGAGGCUCAACACUGGCCAAGUGAACUAUGAUUUUGUUUUAAAUAACAGUGGGUUACAAUGUUCCACUGUUACCAAACACCAGGGGGUGCCAUUGAAUUCAACUUGUAUACAUUUGUGUUACAAAAUGUGCUGAACUAUUAAAAUGUCCUGAAACUUAAAAA